AUGGCUGACGAGCCCGAAGUCUCAAUCCAGGCUGAACCCACUCCACUUGUCGGCAGCUUCGUAUUUCCCAAUGGCGACACUUAUAAAGGCCAGUACUGCACCGGCGAAAAUGGCAUAAAACGACAUGGGAAGGGCAAGUGGGUCUCUUCAUCUGGCUACGAAUACGAAGGCGACUGGGAGGAAGAUGUCAUUCAGGGAAGUGGGACAAUGAUUCUUCCAGACGGUUCAAAAUACAGCGGAACCUUUGAAGCUGGGAAAUAUCAGGGACGAGGAACGCUGACCUGGAAAGACGGAAGCAGCUAUUCAGGUCCAUUCAUCCAAAACAAGCCCAACGGAGAUGGAAUCUUCACCGAUGGCCAAAACAAACAGCAAUGGGUUGGAAAGUUUGGCCCUCGAGGAGCACUCCAGCUCAGACAUUUGCUCCAGAUUCCUCCCUCUGAUGAAUAA